GUCGGGACGGGAGAAACCGCGAGAGAAGAAAAGGGUGUUGAAAAGAGGAAAUAGACGCAGAUUGAUUGAGAGGUGUUGCAAGAAGCAAUUGGUCAACUAAGUAACUCUUGAAAUCUACCUAAACAAUGAAUUCGUUUUUUCGUCGACGAAUGCUGCUAUGUUCACUCAAGUUCUAUGGAGUUCGAAGACUUUACUUCUUCACAAUAUUUAUAUUUGUUAGUUCCUUGAUAGUAUUUGGACUGAUCGGGUACCACAAACCUUUCCAUCAAAAGAAAAUACACUCGGAUAAACAACAAAGAGAGCAAAGAAAAACUGGAACAAUAUCUGGAGUUGUUAAUCUUCCUCAAAAUAAUGGUCAGCAGAAACCAACAGUUGAAACAUCUGACCAGAACUCAACCAAACGUUUACCUAAUUCUCCUGAUCAACUUCAUAUUUUGUCAUCAGAUGUGCUAAAGCUGAUGCGGACUACGAAACCAAAUUAUAACAUUCAUACGUUCUACUACCCUUGGUAUGGAAAUCCAAAAUAUGAUAAGGUUUACCUCCAUUGGGGUCACGUAUAUGAGCAACAUUGGAAUGCACUCUAUGCCAAGCAGUGGCCAUCAGGAAGACACUCACCACCUGAGGAUAUUGGGUCCAACUUCUACCCAACACUCGGGACAUACAGUUCAAGAGACAAGGCUGUUUUGGAAAGCCACAUGAGGCAGAUACGGGCUGCUGGAAUAGGUGUAGUGGUUGUCUCAUGGCUGCCGGCAAAUAGUAACGAUGGUGAAGGCAAGUCUUGGAACCAUGUGAUGAUGAUCUUACUUGAUACUGCUCAUAAAUAUUCACUGAAGAUAGCCUUUCAUCUUGAACCAUACAAACAUCGCAGCAUCUUCUCGAUCCAGCAUAACCUCAAGUACAUCUUUAAAACGUAUGGUCAUCAUCCUGCACUUUAUAAACACCAGCACAAUGGGAAAAUCCUGCCAAUGAUGUACGUUUAUGAUUCGUACGAAAUUACUCUUGAUCGAUGGCAAUACCUUCUCCGCCCUGGUGAAAGGUAUUCAAUCAGAGGGUCUGAGAUAGACGCUUUCUUUAUCGGACUACUAGUCAAGGCUUCCCACCGACGAGAACUGCUGGAGUCAGGAUUUGAUGGUUUUUAUUCAUAUUUUGCCAGCGUUGGUUUUUCCUACGGGGCAAGUCCGCAGAAUUGGGGGAGUUUGUCUGCGUUUGCUCGGCAGAAAAACCUGAUGUUUAUUCCGAGUGUGGGACCGGGCUAUGAUGAUACUAGGAUUCGACCAUGGAAUUUUCAGAACAAAAAAUCUCGAAAUAACGGUACUUAUUACGAGAAAAACUUUAAAUUAGCCAUGAAGGCCAAAACUGGUAUAAUCAGUAUAACAUCGUUCAAUGAGUGGCAUGAGGGUACACAGCUUGAAAUGGCAUCGCCACACGAUAUAAGAAAUUCAUACGAUGAUGUUAUUUAUUCUUAUGAAGAUUAUGAGCCCUAUCCACCUGAUUAUUACAUAACUUUAACCAAUAAGUUAGUAAAACAGUUCAGUGAUAAAAGACCAUCAUCAAAUUCAAAACCUCUAAAGGGCUUAUAAAAGUAAGUUUGAGACGGUCUUUUCAUUAAGUAGUUUACAUGUAUCUUGAAGUUAGGGUCAACCUCAGUCAUCUCCCCUCCAUGUACAUGUACAUUGAGAUGCAUUUUGGAAUUUGAGUGAAAUUUAUUUAUUUUGAUACAAACUGUGUAUGUGCCACAUGAUAAUGUAUAUACGAAAGUCAACACAUAUAUUUAAGACCUAUCAUAUUUAACUUUGUUUUUAUUUUAUGUGGCGGGAUCUUCAUUGCAAGGUGAAAGAAAAUUAGCUGCUCAGUGGUUCAUCUCUCAUUUAUUUGUUGAUUUGUAUUGAGAGACGUUCGAUUUUGUACGUGUAAGCCUUUUCUGUUGUUCUUAUUUUACUUUGUUUAUACAUCAAAUACAACCAGAGGUAAUGGUCUGGUGUAGUGGUUGUGAGAUAUCUGGAAUUAUUUGUUUUAUCUUCUUUUUGAACUUUUUUUGUUCAGUGGUUGUAGUGUUCUAGAGGAUAUUUUGUAGUCCAGUUUAAAGCUGGACUGUCAGUUACUUGUGCAAAUGGACCCUCCCUUCUGACCUGUAUCAGUGAAAUUCAUAUUGCGACUGGGAUCACAGAAACAUUAUGUGUACAUGUAUGUCCAAAUAUGGCAUCCUGACAUGCCUCACCUUUUGUAUGUGCCAUAGCUCUGUAUGCCUAAGGUGCUGUUUAUGUUUAGACAGGCAAUUACAAGAGCUCGUCAAAUGCCGAAGUCUCUAACUUCUAAUGCUGAAAGGGUGGAUGUCGUCCUGGGUGCCGACAAAUGGUACCCAGGUUCGAGAUCGACUGGACAAUUAGCACCCUGGGUGCCAUUACACUAGACAAAUAAGAUAAAACGAGAUUGCAAGAAACGUCGUCCCUAAGAUCCGUAAGCCAGGCAAAAAGAAGCUGGAAAUAAGAUAAAACGAGAUUGCAAGAAACGUCGUCCCUAAGAUCCGUAAGCCAGGCAAAAAGAAGCUGGGUGCUAUUUGUCUAGUGUAAUGGCACCCAGGGUGCUUAUUGUCCAGUCGAUCUCGAACCUGGGUACCAUUUGUCGGCACCCAGGACGACAUCCACCCUUUCAGCACUCUUAUCUACCUUUACUACAUUCUUUCUUAGGGAUAACCACAUAUAAUACUCUGAAUCAUGUAACUUCGUCAAAUGCAUAUUAUUGCCUUGUUCACAGUCUGUCAUUGAAUGUACUGUUGUUUUGUGCCCUCGGGCUGUUCUUAUGAUCAAGUCAAGUUGUUAUUGUGGUUUAAAAUAUUUUGAAAACAAGUCUUUUAGUUUUCUACUUUGCCAUGAUUGGCAUUGAAUUAU